AUGGAUCCGAUAGAGCCGGCAGGCCCGUCUCCGGACCAUCUAGCUGCCCCUCGACCGCAGCCGCGACGGGCUUCAUCGGGCAGUCCUUCCAUCCAGGAAGCGACGUCAUCGAGUAACCCGCCUGGUCGGCCGCGUGCGGCAUCAAUCCGCUCGAAUCACUCAAACCGCUCAUCGAUUCGCCUGACGCGCCCGCCUUCAUUCAUCCAGUCUGCUGCAUCGCCUCAACCUGGCAACAGCAAUUUCAACUUCAGCUUCAGAAACAAUGGUUCGCGUGCAUCUGUCGCGAUUGACCCUGCGUCUCCCCGCGAGGAGAGGAGCGACCCGUUCGAAGGCGGCCGCCGUCGCAGCAAUUCCGAACCCCGGCCUGGACGGUGGUCUGCACCCACUCAAACGGCAUUACUACCACGGCUUCAGCCCGGGGAGCCCAUGCAUACUGUGAUGGAGGAGCCUCAAAGUCCAGCAAGCGGGCGUCGUCCGACCUCGGAGUUCGUCAGACCGUCGCCGAUACCGAGCCAGCCCCUGGAGCAGCCGCAGCCGAGAGACAAUAGAAGUGCUGUACGGAGGAAAAGCGAAGCGGCUCUGAAUAGGUUCUCGAGGAACCGAGCGUCGACUGUUAGCGGCACUGCACCCAUGACGGGGAACGGAAUUCGUGAGUAUGAGUCUCACGUUGUGGAUGUUCUAGAUGUUAUUGAUCCGGAAGUGUCGGCUCUUACCACUCUCACCAACGUUCAAAAUUCACUUUUCGUUCCAAAUUUGGGUUCGCUUAUCAACCGCAAUCAGACGUAUACCCUUUCGCCUCCACGUGAGUUGGAUAGAGAGGAGACAACAUCUACAGAAGAAGAGGAAGAUAAGGAGUCAACUAAAGGACUAGAAUCCCGUCCUGCUUUGGAGAGACCGAUUACUAGUAUCUCCUCUGUCUUAGAUGGCGGAGAGCCUCGUUUUGCUGUUCUGCCAGAGGGGAUUAAUCUUGAAGGCUGGUCAUAUCAGGACAUAGAGGAGCUGAACGACCAUGUGCGGCACAUGCUACACUCGCGUCGCUCAAAAUUCAAGAGGUCCAUGAAAGGAUUUGGUAAAUACGUGCGCAAACCCCUUGGCUUCUUAAUUACGUUAUAUGCAACCCUCAUCACCCUUUUUGGACUUGCCUGGGUGCUCUUCCUUAUCGGUUGGAUUAACGUCGGAGGCCGACAGUCAUACAUCAUCAACGUUAUCGACAAUGUACUGGUAGCACUCUUCGCUAUUAUGGGCGAUGGGUUGGCGCCCUUCCGCGCAGUCGAUACUUACCACAUGAUAUUUAUCGCACGUUACACCUUCUUGACUUGGAGAAUCCGCAAAAAGCGUCGCCUUCCGGAAUUGAAGGAUAAGAAUGACUUGCCAUCGAGGGGUGAGGCGGAAGCCGACGCUGACCUCGAGGCAGGGCAACUUCCUAAGGAGGAUGAACAUGAAUUCAGCGUGCUUAGCAUUCAACAACAGGCGAAACUUCAGCACCAUCAGGCCAAAUUUGCCAAGUCUCAUACUUUCUACAAACCCCACGAAACUAUCACACAUCAUGCUUUCCCGCAACGCUUCCUCAUCGCUAUCGUGGUUCUUCUGGACUGCCAUUCGCUUCUCCAGAUAGCUCUAGGAGCGUGUACAUGGGGUAUUAGCUACCAUGUACGGCCGUUCGCUCUCACCACCGUCAUUCUUUGCUGCUCGAUCACUUGCAACAUCACUGGGGGUGUCCUGAUCAUGAUCGGAGAUCGCAGGACCCGCAAGAAGGACGUGGUUGAACGAAUGUUCCGCCAGCAGCUCACCAAAGAAGCAAUGAAAAAGAUGCAAAAGAAGAGGAGGAAGCAAGAUGAGAAAGCCAACGCUGAAGACCCUGAGCUGUUAUCCGAUUCGACUUCCAACGGCCUCCAGGUUCAUCAGAGUACAUGA